UAGAGAGGAGAGACAGGAUGGACAUUCUUUCAUUUCAAACUUGAAAUUGAACAUGAGGACAUUUCCGUUGUCUGCUCUCUUUUUCACCCAUCUGUGCUUGGGGAUAAUGGACAAGAUGACUAAUCCGACCCCAUCUGUUCGUGAAGAGAGAGGUUUUGUAUCAGCUAAAACAGGAGAGACCUUGACUUUGUCAUGUUUCUAUGAAGGCGUUGUUGCUGCAAGGCUUUACUGGUAUAAGCAAACUCUUGGGCAGAAACCUACUCUCAUCUCCACAUUCUAUAUGUAUAACACAGACACAAAUUUCUAUGGGGAAUACAAGAACAAUUCACGCUUCACACUGACUACUGAAAAAGGAAAAGGUAACAACCACUUGACAAUUACAAAGUUGCGCUUAUCAGAUUCUGGUACUUAUUUCUGCAUACAUUGUUAUCUAUACACAUUAGACAUUUCUGUGAGCACUCUAGUCGAUGUUCAGGGUUCAGAUUUGACAACUUUAGUCCAUCAGUCAGCAUCUGAGACUGUCGAGUCAGGAGGCUCUGUGACUCUGAACUGUACAGUACUCACAGGGAGCUGUGAUAGCGAACACAGUGUUUACUGGUUCAAAUACCCUGAAGAAACUCUUCCAGGACUCAUUUACACCCAUGGAGGGAGAAAAGAUCAGUGUGAGACUCAAACAAACACCUGCGUGUACAACCUGCCAAUGAAGAACCUGAACACUUCUCACGCUGGGACCUACUACUGUGCUGUUGCCUCAUGUGGACACAUACUGUUUGGAGACGGGACCAAGCUGGAUUUUCAAGGUGGCGUGGACUCUCAUUUCUUGGUGCUUUUUUUGAGUAUAGCUUCGAUAUUCACCACCAUCCUGAGUGUUUCACUGGCUUUCUUGGUGUGCAUGAUGAACAAGAAAAACAGUGGUCAAUCAGCAGUUCCGUCCACAGCAGAUGGCGAGGAGUACCAAUGUGGAGAAAAGAUCUACUAUGCUGCUUUGAGUGUCAACUUGAAAAACAGAUCAAGAACACAGAGGGAUCCGUCCUGGAGUGAAUGUGUGUAUUACAGCGUAAAGAAGUAGAGCUUGACAUGGUGCAUGUUGUACUUUUGAGUAAAACAAUGAGUCUAUGUUUUUGAUUUUCUGUUCUUUGUCGUCUGCAGCCAGGAGAAAAAAAUCUAUCUAUUCUUCAUUUAUGUACAUUUUAGCAUAGUCUUUUAUCCACUGUGAAGUCUAAGCAGGAUAUGUUCGUAACGUUCUUUUAA